AGUCAUUUGGUUGCUGUUGAUCUGAUGAGCUUCAACACGAUAUAUUUGAUGCUGAUGUUGGUCAGAAUGGCUCCUGCUCUUCCUCUGAUCUUUCUGCUCAUGAUUCACGGGGUUUCUAGUGCUGAUUGGGGUGUGAGUUACAGUCCUUCACACAUCUGUGCACUAAAGAACUCAUCAGUGAUAAUGAGCUGCACUUAUACAUACCCUACUGGACAUCAGAUCAUGAAAGUGUUCUGGACAAAAACAAAAGAUAAAAAGGAAACAGAAGAGUUUCCAGAUCUGUCUAAUGACACUGAAUACAGUCAGAGGCUUCAGUAUCUGGGAGAUAAACAGCAGAACUGCACCAUCAGACUGAGUCAUGUGACACUGAAGGAUUCACGCAAGUACUAUUUCAGAUUCAUCACUGAUAAAGAUGGUAAAUGGAUUGGUAAACCAGGAGUGACCCUUUCUGUCACAGAUCUUCAGGUGGAGUCUCCUGAGAGAGUGACAGAGGGAGAUUCAGUCCGUCUGACAUGUAAAAGCAGCUGCACUCUGACUGACAGAGCAACAUUCAUCUGGUACAGAAACUCACAGCCAUUAACUGAGAGAAGAGACAGAAACAAUGAACUCCUGCUGCAGUCAGUCAGAAGAGAGGAUGCAGGCAGAUAUAGCUGUGCUGUACACGGACACAAUCACAUCUCUCCUGCUGUUCAGCUCAAUGUCAUGUACCCUCCAAAGAGCGUCUCAGUCUCCAUCAGUCCAUCUGGUGAAAUAUUGUCAGGAGAUUCAGUGACUCUAAUUUGCAGCAGUGAUUCAAACCCUCCUGCAGAAAUCAGCUGGUUUAAAGGAGGAACGUUUGUAGGAUCUGGAAGAAUCUUCAACAUCUCAAAGAUCAGCUCUGAUGACAGUGGAGAAUACAAGUGCAGAUCCAGAAAUCAACAUGGAGAGAAAUACUCUGAUAAUGUGACUUUAAAUGUCAUGUACCCUCCCAGGAAUGUCUCAGUGUCCAUCAGUCCAUCUGGUGAAAUAGUGUCAGGAGAUUCAGUGACUCUGAUCUGCAGCAGUGAUUCAAACCCUCCUGCUCUGAACUUCAGCUGGUUUAAGGAGAAUGAAAGCUCAGCUGUUGGAUCUGGACAGAGUUUCAGUGCACUACAGAGUGGACGCUUCUACUGUCAGGCUCACAAUCAACAUGGAUCUCAGAGAUCAGAUGCUGUAACUGUCACAGACCCUCCCAGGAGCAUCUCAGUGUCCAUCAGUCCAUCUGGUGAAAUAGUGUCAGGAGAUUCAGUGACUCUGAUCUGCAGCAGUGAUUCAAACCCUCCUGCUCUGAACUUCAGCUGGUUUAAAGGAGGAACGUUUGUAGGAUCAGCCCCUCUGCAGGACAACGAUGGACACGAUGAGUGCAUUGGAUGCCUGGGUAAGCCCCAUGCGGAAGCCGCGCUCACCGACGCUUCAUGCCCGCACUGUGAGUGCAUGAGUCUGGCCUCUCUGCGCUCGCGGGUUGCUUUCUUUGCCGGAGGCAGUCCCGCCGCUCGCGCCCUCCUGUCCCCUUCCCGCCGCGAGCCUGCGAGGAAGAGACAGCGGGGUAGAGCGACCCAGCGCCCGGAGUUGAGCGAGCUCACGUCGGCCCAGCCCCCGCGUGCCUCGCCCUCUCCCACCAGAGAGCGGUCGCCCAUUGAACACGGCUCGGGCAUGGACGCCGAACUUCUCCGUGUCCUCUCAAAAGCUGUGGAGGAGCUAGACCUGGAUUGGGCUCCACCGGAAGAGCCGUCACGGAGCCGCCUAGAUGAGUGGUUCCUGCCGGGAAGACGCCAGGCCCCUCGUCAACGUGCUGCCCCGUUCUUCCCCGAGGUACACGAGGAGCUGACCAAGUCAUGGCGCGCUCCUUACUCUGCCCGCCUGCACACCACACACCGUUCAGCUCUCAUGACUGUGGACAGCGCUGAAGAAAAGGGCUACGAGCACCCGCCGCCCCUGGAUGAAGCAGUGGCAGCUCACCUCUGUCCUCCCACGGCUGUGGACUGGAAAUCUAAGAGGGCCCUUCCUUCAAAGCCCUGCAGGACUACCUCCACCCUGGCUUCGCGAGCCUAUGCCUCCGCAGGCCAAGCUGCCUCGGCGCUCCACACUAUGGCCAUUUUCCAAGUGUUUCAAGCCAAGCUUCUCCGCUCUAUGGACGAGUCCGGCUUUGAUGCACCCGCCUUCAGGGACCUCCAGCACCACUUAUGGCUCAACUUGACUGAGAUCAAGGAUGCGGAUAAGAUGGCCUUUUUAGACGCCCCUGUCUCGCCUUCCGGUCUCUUUGGGCCAUCGGUAGAGGGUCUCACCGAGCGAUUCACCGCAGCGCAGAAGUCGUCUCAGGCCAUGAGACACUUCCUGCCAAAACGCUCCAGCUCCGCAUCUGCUUCAAGCCGACCCUGUGACGCCCAAGUCAUCCUGAUUUAA